GCGACCCCCGAGUCAGAUGAGGCCUGGCUGGAAGCAAGACUCCUCUGGACUGGAUCGGAGUGGAGACUUGAGCUUGCUUGAAAUUUUUGGGUCUGGUGUCUGUGUGCUUGUUUCCCUGUCGAUCAAGGACGUCAUCUGGACAGGUUGCAUGCACACGCGGGACUAAACUAAAGCACUCUUGCAGUAGACUCUUUCCAGAGCACAUGCCAGACCGGCUCAAGUGACGUGUAUGGGGAUCGGCUUCUCUGUCACUAGUGUGUGGCACUAAUAAUCAUUCGUCUUCACAUGUGUCGGUGUUGGUGAAGAAGCUGAUCAGAGUGGUCUGACGGGGAAAUCUGUUCCCCAUUCUGGGGAAGAUGACGAGUCGAGCGAAGCAAUACCACUCGCUUGACGAGGACGCUGAGGCUGAGACAUCUUUGCGCAGCGUGGACAACAGCAAUGGACCGUUCGCUGCGCAGACAAUGCGUGAAGAGAAAACUAAUCUUGUCAGCAGUGGCAAGCUAACAGCAUCGGGCCGCCAGGAUGGCUUCAAUGACCCAAAGAUUAGCGGCAAGGCCUGGGGCCGUGUCUAUAAAUUCUUCUCAGGCAUUCGAGAGUACCCAAAGUCGAUCAUGUUCAUUGUGGGAAAUGAAUUCUGUGAACGGUUCACUUACUAUGGACUGCGAGCUGUCCUAGUGCUGUAUCUAACAGAGCACAUGGGUUAUGAAGACAACACGGCAACUGCUCUGUACCACGCAUUCAUCAUGCUCUGCUACAUGUCACCCGUUAUCGGUGCCAUGAUUGCCGACGGCUGGCUGGGCAAGUAUAAGACAAUCCUUGCUCUGUCCGUGGUAUACGCUUUCGGCAACAUUGUGCUAGCAGGCACAUCAGCACCUCUAGGCAGUGAGACAGCUACAAAAGUGGUUCCCUUGGCAGGGUUAUUACUCAUAGCAUUCGGAACGGGCGGAAUUAAACCAUGCGUAGCAGCAUUUGGUGGUGAUCAAUUCAGAGAUGACCAGGUACAUUUGCUGCAGCGUUACUUCUCGAUAUUCUAUUUCUCUAUCAACGCUGGCAGCGUGUUGUCCACCUUCUUGUCUCCAUAUCUUAGAGCGAACACCAGCUGCUUUGAUGCUGACUGCUACAUGUAUGCGUUUGGCUUGCCAGCCAUUCUGAUGAUCAUCGCCAUUGGCAUCUUCAUGGCUGGCAAUCGCUUCUACGUGAAGAGAGAACCGGCUGGCAAUGUGAUUGCGCAGGUAGCCAAAGCCAUUGCGCUUGGUGUACGUGGAAGCUUUGCUAAUCGUAACAACCUUGAGAAGAAAGAGCACUGGCUAUACUGGGCAGAGACCCGAUAUGAGCGCUCCUUUCUGGAUGGCGUCCGUGAUGUUCUGCGAGUCAUUGUUCUGCUGAUACCGGUGCCGAUCUUCUGGACGUUGUUUGAUCAAACGGGUUCUCGCUGGACUCUGCAGGCCAAACGAAUGAACGGCAAGCUGGGUAGUGCUGUCAUUGAGCCAGAUCAGAUGCAGGUUGCUAAUUCUAUUCUCAUCCUGGUGUUUAUCCCGCUGUUCGAGUCCGUCGUUUACCCGGCGCUGCGCUUCUGUCGCCUGCCAAUGCGGCCGCUGCAGAGAAUGUCAACGGGAAUGAUAUUCGCUGCGCUGUCUUUCGUCGUGGCUGCUUUUGUGCAAAUUCGACUGGAGGAUGCCACCGACGCCUUCCCAGCGAGCACGGUAUCUCGCUUCCGCGUGAUCAACGCUCUGCCAUCUGGCAUGGACGUAACAAUCACCAACCUGGAAGGAAAUGCAGCCUUCAACGAGAGUGUGCUUUAUGGCCAGGCUACAUCGUUCGGUAACUUUAACCCGGGCAGCUACGAUGUCACCGCCCGUGCCGUGAUUGGUGAAGCACAGUUCACCGCCACGCAGAGAUUUAACUUCACCGGCCGUACGGUGAAUAGUAUUGUAGUCGGCCUGAACGGAUCUGCUCUCACCUUGUUCCAGAUUGAGCACAAUGUCAACAAGCUGGAUGGCGAUGACUUUGCUGUCAAACUUCUGAACUGUAAUCCUGACCCCCGGUUCAAAAAUGUGUAUGCCACAAUGCACUUCUAUGACUCAAAGAAGAAGAAAUCCUUUACCGACGAGCUAUGGAAGAAUAUGUCUGACAUGUCCACCAGCGGCGGAAUAGGUCUCUUUGAAGAGUCUGAGCGUGUCAUCGUCAAUCCACCUGCAACAUCCUGGGAAAUACGUGUAUACGAUGCAGAGAACAAUAACUCCCUCUUUAAUUCCACGUAUGGCUUUGAGAAUGGUGCCAUGUACACCAUCAUGCUUCGUCCUCCACCGGAUGGUGAUGUCUUGCCCAGCGUUGCCCCGCUGGUGAACGUGGACCCGGCCAGUGUGCACAUCCUCUGGCAGGUACCGCAGUACGCUGUGCUGACAGCCGGUGAGAUCAUGUUCUCCAUCACUGGUCUCGAGUUCGCCUACUCACAGGCACCAAAGAGUAUGAAGUCAGUCAUGCAGGCCGUCUGGCUGUUGACUGUCGCCUUUGGCAACCUGGUGGUGGUCAUCGUUGCCGAAGCCGAGAUAUUUCACAAUCAGAUCCACGAGUUCUUCUUCUUUGCCGGAAUGACAGUUGUCGUGACCAUCAUCUUCAUCCUGAUGUCCAUUCGCUAUACGUAUGUCGAGCGACAAGACGGCUCGGAGGGCCCGAGUACUGAGCGUGCAGAGCGUUACACUCUGCUCGAUGAAGACAAGGCUUCACAGUCAUCCUAGAGCGUGGGGUGGGGUACACAAGGCCUCACAGUCAUCCUAGUGCGUGGGGUACACACCACCACCAAAUCGCCUGCUACCCGGGCACUCGUACGUUGUGCAUGUGUGCAAUAACGCGCCGUGCACCUCGUGUCCAAUCAAUAUUGCGAGCAGCAGCCACACUACAUAUUUAUCUAUUGUAUGGCUGGCCUGCAAUGCAUGUGUGUGUGCGUGCGUGCCUGGCUGCAUAACAAUGCUUUUCCAAUGCACCUUGUAUGUCCUGAGGUGUCGUCCUUUGAUGCUUUUCAUUGCAUUUCUUUCUUUUUUGACUUUGAAUCGAUUUCAUAUUGUUUUUUUCCCCCAAGGCACACUGUGCUUUGGCUCAACAAAACAAAUCAUUCAUGCAGGGCAGUCAGCCAUGUUGUGGGGAAUAGAAGGAAACCAAGACCACAUUACUAGUUCAGCUGCACUGUUGUAGAUGCCGCCUUGUACGACUACUGCUUUAGUAAUUUUAUGACAUGAGCAGAUCUUUUUUAUCGGCGUCGUUAUAUAUUUUCAUUUUUAUGCUGUCUUACCGGUUUUGUCUGAUCUUGGCUAGCAUUCUUGCAUGUCAACAUUCUCUGCCGUGACUCCCUGCGGUGCCGCCAUGCAAGGCACUGCUCGGUGUACCCCCUUAGUGAGCAGUCUCAUUAUAUAAUAAGAAGCCUGUUUGAAUACAAGCCUGAUUUCCAA